UCGCAGACACGCAUGGACCAUUCCACAUUCCUAGCAAGAAGUGUGCACUGCUAACUACCUAGGUAGAUACUCAUACCAGGCAGGAUAUUAGGUUCAUCAAUCCGAUUCGCCAAUAGCAUGUUGCACCUCGAUCGUGAGAAACGAGUCGCCGGUGAUUAAGAAAGUUGUCACAAGUUACAAGGCUUUCCAGGACCUUCACAUUAUCGAAAGUUCGAAAAUUUUGAGCCUUGCCAGCACUGGCCGUAUCUUGAGCAUAAUAAGUUGCAAUUGACUAAUCUCAAUGACAGAACCAGUGAGGGCUAAGCGGAGUGCUCGUCAGAAAUCAACUAAAUCCUACCGAGUCCAAGACCAGUACAACUUCUUGGACAAAAACAGCGAUGAUGAGGAUGAUGAUGGAAUUAGUUCCAGAGACAACGUUGGAGUGGAGAGAGGCGAAGACGAAGACGACUUCGUACCCCAAGACCAGGAUGAGCAAGAGGACCCGGAUGAAUUCCUAGAGGACGAAGCGCAGAAUGAGCAAUCUGAGCAAUCCUCUGGAGAUCAAGAGAUGGAGUACUCCGAAGAGGAUGCAGAGCCAUCGGAAGAGGAAACCGGCCGGAUUGGUUUUCAGCAGCGUGCUCGUGUAGGCACAUCGGAAGUGCCAAUCUCCUCCGCCGCUGCGGGAGUUGGAAUGAGGCCUGUGAAGCCAUUCGCCAAACACCAGGGCACCCGCGUAAAGAACAUGGGCGUCAGCCCACUCCACUCGAGAGGUGUGGACGAUUGGGCAAGGCGCGGAGGGCUCGAGGUUCGGCUAAAGGAUCUCUUCGGCUCGGAAGUGAAGGACCUGACUGCAGUCUUGCAAACAAAAGAUCACUGGAUGCAUCAGGAGACAUUGCCUUCAAGGAAGGGUGGAUCCCUGAGGCGAUCAUUUUAUGUGGAUGAAGCUUCGAGGGUCGCAGAGGUCAUCAAAUUCAGGCAGUGGUAUGCUAGCACCGGGUCAAAGAUAUUUCUGCAACAUCAGCACAUCAGGCAUAUCAGACGUGAAGAAGCGGAUAUAUAUCUUGCCAAUGACGGCCCGGAGUGCUCCAAUAUCCUGCUUGGUGCGAUCAAAGGUCCUCAACUCCACAGUCUGAAGAAAGCAGCCUCCAUAAGCACCGCUCUUCCUUUCGCAAAGAAAGACACCAAACGUGGUUGGAUCCUCAAUCUCGGCACAAAGAUCGUGGAGACUCAAUGGGCCUCAAACGAAGACGGUAACACGCAGUACCUUGCGGUGUCCGUGGAACAAGCCGCUAAGGUUGCACAUAGACCGAUGGAGAAUCCUCGAGCGCCAGCAUUCACAGCGACGGACUCAUAUCCUGCAUCGAUCCAGAUAUGGGCCUUUAGAGCUACCAAAACGGGCGAACUUGAUCCAUCAAUCGAACCCCAACUUGCGCUAGUCAUAUGCACUGAUUGGGGUUCUCCAAGGCACUUCCAAUGGUGUCCCGUAGCUGCCUCUGAACAGGUCACGAAGAGCGACUUGGUCCACCUUGGGCUGCUUGCGGGAGUCUGGUCGGACGGAAAGGUGAAGAUCCUAGACGUGUCCUUUCCAACGCCCAAAGAUGCAUCGUUCGAGACCCAAUAUAUGCACUUUUCUAAGGCGGCUUUUGAUGUUCAACUUCCCAACACUAUUGCAUCAUGCUUACAAUGGCUCUCCCCUUUCUCUCUUGCUGCUGGCACGGCAGCCGGUAUGCUCGGGGUAUGGACACUUAAUCGCCGUUCGAAAACGUUAAAUAACAUCGAUGAUGCCGAAUUUGACUUGCAACCUUGGUUUUACAAACAGCUUACGGACACAUAUAUGCUAACGGUAGCUUCCGGAUACCCAUCGCUGCCUUCAUAUGUCUCCAUCACGGGCACCGAUGGUUAUGGGAGGUUGUUCGAUCUUAGGUCGCCCACAGCAGAUUGUGUUUCAACAGCACGCGGUCGCAUCUUUGCGACGAUUCAAGCAUGGCACGAGCAUACUCAGUCGUUCCUUAUGCCAGAUGAGAAUUACCUCUUCCGCAACAAUACUGUGCGGAGGUACUACACAAACAUUUACAGUCUAAGGGUAGAGAGUCAGAUUGUAUGUUGUGCUUCGAGUCCCGUGCAACCAGGUGUCUUGAUUGGAUGUGCCGAUGGAAUGGUCACGUCGAGCAACCCUGUCCCUAAGAUAUUAAACUCAAAAGAGAUCCCAUGGCAGCAAAUAUGGUUCACCCAUGAAUGGAGACCGUCUGUGGAUAAGCUGUCGUUGAGGGUGCGGAAUUCGAUUAGCGAACCUCGAGAACAAGCUGAAGAUUCGCCCAGGGUCGUGGCGGAGGCUAUAGCUGAAACUACUUCUGCACCAACAAUUACGCAAGGGAAGAUUUCAGAAAACUCGGAGCGACCUAAUAUUACCACGGAGCCUAUUGCUUCACGGACGCCACGUUCGGCUGACCUCCCGGAAGUCCUCUCAGCACCACUGGCCCGUUUUAAUGAAGGCUACCGUGUGCAACAAAUAAACAUGCAAUACUUGAAGCCCGGAAAGGCUCGCAAAGAUGUAAAGGAGCAAAUCAAGUACGUCACUAUCUACGAGGAGCCGUCUGCCGUUACUUCAUUGGCCUGGAACCCAAAUCUCAAAUUCGGGACAUGGGCAGUUGCUGGGAUGGGUGACGGGUUGCUUAGGGUUGAGGACCUUGGAGUCUAAAGUGCACAAUGGCAGUACCUAUAGAUCUCCAUAGCAUCCGCACAAUCUUGAUAUAGCACGUGUUAAGGAAAAUCUCCGAAUAAAUUCCAGAAGAAGAGUUAUGAAAUCAUUAUCUCAUGCACAACUUUGUGGCUGAAUUUGACAAUUGGGAGUAGCUGGAAGCUUGUUAAG